UUUUCUUUUUAAUUUUCACAAAGUCCACAUCACAUUUUCAUCUCUCAUCAGCGAUUCAACUUCCGGCGAAAUCCCCAAUUCUUGAGGCAAGAGCCCUAAUCUCAAUAUGGUUUGCAUAAUGUGUUUGGUGCCGCUGUUCCUCGUCCCGCUCAUCAAUCUACUCCCCCGGAUCAUCGAUUUCUUAAUGGCCAAAGUGUAUGGAUGGCUCGGAUGGGAGUACAGGAAGCCAGCGAGAGUUCCUCCAGCUUGUCCUUUCAAGCCGAACGACAACAACUCCACCAAAGUGACUGCUGAAGCUGGGAGUGAAGGUAGAGAAGAAACAAUAGCUAAACCAGUCCUUGCGGGGGAGAGUGGCGGGGUUAAGCAGGAUUGAAGGCUUGAAUCCUCCUUUUCAAAUAACAAGCUUUUGAUAUUAUGUGGAUAAGAGAAGAGCCUUGUGAAUGAAAUUUUCACAAAUCAUGCUUCUUUUCUUCAAUGGUUAUUAUUAUCACACAGAAUGUAGAGAAUAUAUAUUAUAAUUUGAAAAGAUUUGUUUAUCACCAGUA